AUAUUUAAGACACUAUUUUGACUAAAACGGAAACUUCAAAUCUGUCAAAAUAAAUAUCCGGUCUUUCUUGUCAACAUCAGGAAAAUGACGACUCCUGCGGCUAAGCCUAAAAGGGAACCCAUCCACGCUGUCCAAGUAUUUGGCAGGAAGAAAUCUGCAACUGCAGUAGCUUACUGCAAAAGAGGCAGAGGAGUUCUCAGGGUAAAUGGACGCCCCUUGAGUCAAGUGGAGCCCAAAAUGCUCCAAGACAAAUUACAAGAACCUAUUCUCUUAUUAGGCAAGGACAAAUUCUCUGCUGUUGAUAUAAGAGUCCGUGUAAACGGAGGUGGUCAUGUUUCACAGAUCUACGCUAUCAGACAAGCCAUUUCAAAGGCCUUAGUGGCUUACUACCAAAAAUAUGUUGAUGAAGCUUCCAAAAAGGAGCUUAAAGACAUCUUAAUCCAGUACGAUCGUACUCUAUUGGUUGCUGAUCCUCGUCGCUGUGAACCCAAGAAGUUUGGUGGUCCGGGUGCUCGUGCUCGCUACCAAAAAUCUUACCGUUAAUAUUUUAGGUUAUAUGACUCGAGUUUGUUUGUAUCUAUUCAAAUAAACUUAUAUUAUUUCUA